CACAACCGUUACGAUUCUUCAUUCCCGGCACAGAAAGCGAGUAGACUGUGAAACUGACAAAAGUGCGGCGCCAUAUUGCCUGCUUGUGUUUGGUUAGCGUUUCUGGCGCGUGCUGAGGAAGUUUGUGUAAUUUAAUUGAUAACGAUGUCCGACAAUCAGGAACAGAAACCCGAAGCCGGCCCGGGCGACGCAAAUUCAGAGUACAUCAAGCUCAAAGUCGUUGGAAAUGACAGCAAUGAAAUUCACUUUAGGGUAAAGAUGACCACUCAAAUGGGCAAGCUGAAGAAGUCCUACAGUGAUCGCGUGGGAGUACCUAUGACAUCACUUAGGUUUCUCUUUGAUGGUAAAAGAAUCAAUGAUGAUGAAACACCAAAGCAGCUGGAAAUGGAAAACGAUGAUGUCAUUGAAGUAUAUCAAGAGCAAACAGGUGGUCGUUAAUUGAAUUAGUCAGGAAGAAGAGGGUCAUCAUUUCGUUCUAUUAUUUUUUAAAGUAAAAGUGACUGUCUGGUAACAAGAAAGAUGGACAUGAAAUUUAUAAGUACACAUAUACAUAUAUAUUAUAUAGACAUCUCGUAUGUACUUGCAAGUGGUUAACAAACAAAAUGUAAUUUUUUGAUUUCACAUACGAUAUUGUAAAGUGUGCUGUCUUACAUUCCUGUACCAAGAAUUAUCGCUGGGUAUGCUUCACGCAGUCCAGGGAUCAUUUUGUAAAACUUAUGCAUGCGGACAAUUACGCCUUAACAUUGCACAUUGUGUGUCCGUUUUUGUGUGUCGUCAUGAAACGAUUCAGAAAUAGAUUAACUAAAUUAGCCGCCAUUAUAAGUGCAUUUCAUAUUCGCUAGUUCUCCUUGUCCACUCGAACUUUACUCCUGAUCUUUCUUUUCUUUAGGAAUGGGUACAAAAAAUUCUACGAACAUGAUAUAACAAAAUUGUUACAUUUAAGGUAUAAUAAAAGUAAUGAUAAUUGUAAAUCUU